CCCAACCCAACCCACCUCACCUUGCAUACAGACAUCUACCAUCAUCAUUUGCAUUUUGAGGUUCUCAUUUUUGGUGUGGAAUUAGGGUUUCAAGUAUACAAACCACAAUUUAAGAUAAACAAAUAAAUCAUAACAAGACCAAGAAAGGAACAGACCAAGAAAGAAAGAUAGAUAGAAAGUAACAACUACAUCCAAUGGGGACCUUUAAUUACAGCGACAACUCCAUAGAGGGAGAUGUCUAUAUUCAACGAUUAGCCACUUACAUCAGACGGAAUGAAGAAGCAUUGGCUAAUGGUCUACUAUGUUUCUCUAAAAACAAGAACACUCAGUUAAAAGUUAAACCAUUGAGGUUAACCUUCUCCAUCCAUCAUUUAUAUUAUAUUACAGAAAGAAUAGAAAACUCAAGUUUAGGAGUUGAUGUUGGUCCUUUGAAUGUGAAAUUAGAUAAUCCAAAUCAUGAACCUACGUUUAUAUCAUUCAUGGCUAAUAAUGCUCGUUCUUCCAAACAUUUCGAUAGUGAUACAAGAUCCAUAUCAUCUAUAAAUUCUAUGAAAUCAAUUGUUUCAAGUGCAUCCGUUUAUUGGAGAUCAUUUGCCUUUAGUAAAGAUCCAAAGAUUAUUAAUAAAGAUAUCAAAUAUUUAUAUUCAUCAUUCACAAAGAUCCCAUGUUUGAUCUUAACUCCUAAAACAAAGAUAAAUUCUAUAAGUUCAUAUGAAGAAUACCCUUGUGAUACUUCCGUACCAGUUAAAAUGUUUAAGAAUUUACAAGUAUUGGAAAUCAUUGAUUAUGAUCCUAAUGAAAUCUUUGGUUGGCAUAUUUUAAGUGAACAAUUAAGAAUCUUAAUCAUUCGAAAUUCAAAGAUUUCAAACGUAGAAGAAGUUUUAUUUAAUUUAAUAAUUGAUGAUGAAAUGGGAAGAAGUAGUUUUAAUACCAAUACUCAUAAACCAACUAGAAAAUAUACUGAUAUAUUCACUAAUUCAAAUAUUUCAUCAAAUCCUUUAUCAAGUCAUGAUGAUAGUAGUUUCAGUACCAUAAAUGAAAUCAAUGAAUUCCCUGCGUUCAAUAAUAAUAUCAACAUCAACAAUAAUGCAUUUAGAUACCCCCCAAAACGUGAAAGAGCAACCACCACUAUAACAAAUGGAACAUAUGGAGGAGCUGGUCCUUCUUCAUUACCUAAGGAUCUCUUUUUCAAUGAACACAUAUCAUCAUCAUCAACAACAAAUCACAAUGAAUCAACUAAUAAUAACAAUCAUAAUAAUCGAGAUUAUCAAAAGUUACCUGAUUCAAAAUGGUCAUUUUUAAAACAAUUAACUAUUUGUGAAACUUCCAUAACUUCCAUACCUGCAUUCAUAUUCCGUCCUUUAGGGAACUUGGUUAAAUUAAAUUUAUCCAAUAACUUAUUACAAGACUUACCUGAUGGAUUAGAUCAAUUAAUCAAUAUUAAAUAUCUUAAUUUCGCUGAUAAUUAUAUCACCAAUUUAAGGAAAUUACCAAAAAAUUUAAAAUAUUUAUCCACUUUAAACUUCAAUAAUAAUAAAUUAACAUCCAUUAUUGGAUUAGAGAAUUUACAAAAUUUAGAAAAGAUCGAUCUUAGAAGGAAUAAUUUACAAGAUUCAAAAACUUUCAAACCUAUAAUCUUACAAUUCAUUAAAAAUCCAUCUAAAUUUGAUAACGUUUAUUUAUCAGGUAAUACUAAAUUAUCCAAGACUUACAGAAGUGAUCUUUUUAAUUUAUUUAAUGGGGUUAAAUAUAAAAAUAAUAUGAAAAUUGAUGAUUCUAGACCUGGGUAUUUCGAAAGUGCUUUAUUAUUAGAUGCUGAAUCUGCAUUUAAGAAUUUAGAGAAAUUCUUUUCUGAAGAAACUGUAUCAGCAUCAAGUACUGCAUCGCCAAAAGUUAAACCUAAUGCAGCUACUGAUGUAUCAAUACCUAGUACUCCUGAAACAAAAGCUAAGGUAGAUAAAGAGAAUACAACCAUUAUUCAAGAUGAAGGGUUGAAGUCUGACGAUGCAACAGCAGUGGCAUCCCCUAAUACACAACCAUCACCAUUAACAACUCAUGCAAGAUCAAGCACGUUGGAUACUUUAUUAGAACCAUUUGCGGGUAUAAAACUUUCUGAUGAUUCCAAUGAUGAAAAUCCAAAGAAAAAAUUUGAUUUAUCUCAUUCUAUAAUAACAACUUCACCUACUAUACUUCAAUCUGAUUCAGUAAGUGUUCAUUCACUUCAAAAACAAAGUUCUCCAUUAGGUACUAAUCGUAAUUUAACUAAUAAAGGUGAAACUACAUUAUCAAAUAGCAUUUCCAAACCUCAUAUUUCGGUUCAUUUAUCAAAUCCAAGUUCAGGUCCUAAUAGUCCAUCAGGAUUAAAGAAAUCUUCAACUUUGGUACAAUUAGACAUUGAAGGUUCAAACGUUAAUACCACGGCUCCAAACAUCGUAACUCAAGUUCAAGUAACGGCUAGAAUGAGUACUUAAUACCACUACAAAUUGGGAAAAACAAGACACACGUUCAUUUAAUUGCAUUUUUUAAACCAGUAGAUUUAGUUUUAUCAUAUCUACUCUAUUUAUAACUAUAUAUAUAUAUAUGGUGUAUAUAUGUAUAUUGCAUUAUUGUAUUAUUUAUCUUGAUAGACAAAAUCAAAAAGUUUUGUGUAAUUGGUACCAACCCUGCUGCCAAAAAAAUUUAAAUUUUCCCUGUGCUGCCAAAAUAUUUACUGCCAUUGAUGAUCUCUUUUAACGAUCUAAGUUCAGUGAAUACAACUAAAAUAAUCAUCAAUCAUGCUAUCUAAGUUAAAGUAUAGAUAUCUUAUAAUAUUGUUGCUUUCAA